CGUACGUAGAUGGUGUCGGUUCGUCGUCGGAGGACGUACGAUUAGUUGAGAACGUAAUCUCCACUCACGAGGGGUGGUAAAGAAAAUUCGGGAGUACACUUUUUCGUCGCGUCCUACCGAGUGUAGGCGCAUCGAAAAAAAGGAGAAAAUUCCAUCGUUCAAGACUAUAAUCGGACAUUAUGGCCAAUUUCAGACAGAUUCCGCUGACGUGUAGUGGACACACUAGACCAGUGGUGCACCUUGCAUUCUCUGAUACAACAGAAACAGGAUAUUAUUUAAUUUCGGCAUGCAAAGAUGGCAAACCUAUGUUACGACAAGGAGAUACUGGAGAUUGGAUUGGAACAUUUGAAGGACACAAAGGUGCAGUGUGGGGUGUCGCACUAAACCCUGAGGCUACAAGAGCCGCUACAGGUGCUGCUGACUUUAAUGUUAAAGUCUGGGAUGCAAUUAAAGGAGAAGAAAUUUACUCUUUUCAACACAAGCAUAUAGUCAAGUCUGUUAAUUUCAGUGCCAAUUCCAAUUAUUUGUGUACUGGAUCUAACGAAAAACUUGUGCGAAUUUAUGAUCUUAACAAACCAAAUGCAGCACCACAGGUUUUCUCAGGUCACAAGCACGGUAUAAGGCACGCAACCUUUUUCAAUAAUGACACUCAACUAAUUACUUGUGCCGAUGACAAAACAUUGAGAGUCUGGGAUAGAAAUAGCGGUCAAGAAAUAAAGAGGCUAGACUUUCCGGCAAUUCCAAAUUCUAUGGAGGUGUCUAAAGAUGGAACUGUUAUUACAACUACUCAUUCCAAUAUAGUAACAUUCUGGAAUAGUAAAGAAUUAACGAAAUUACGUGAAUACAUUGUGCCAACGCAAAUGAAUAGUGCCAGUUUGCAUCCAGACUGUAGUAUUUUCGUGUGUGGAGGAGAAGAUCUAAAAAUGUAUAAGUUUGACUAUAGUACAGGUACAGAAAUUGAAUCGUUCAAAGGUCAUUUUGGACCAAUACAUUGUGUACGUUUCUCACCUGACGGCGAAUUGUACGCGAGUGGCUCGGAAGAUGGUACUUUGAGAUUGUGGCAAACAACUGUUGGCAAAACUUAUGGUCUUUGGCGAUGUAUAGAGCAGUCAUCUAUGAUACAGGAAAAUACUGCAGUGAUUAAUAACAAACAAGAAGUUCCUGCCAGUUAAGAAUCUAACAACUCGUGGAUAGUGUAAAGAAUUUUGAUAUCAGAAAAGAGACACUUUAUAGGUAGAAAUGAAAGCAAACAGUGAAGAACGAAUCUUUAUAGUGACUGAAGUUGAAAUUUCAUUUCACUAAUUGGUGUCUGCCGAAAUGUUUUGUAAAUAUUGGAAUCUCUGUAAAACAAGUUCCAAUCCAAAUUGGCCUAUGAAACGUGGUACACAGAGCACGAUCAAAAUGCGGACCAAACUUCACAAUAGUCUGAUAGGUCAUGGAAGUGUGGAACGCCGUUUACUAUUUAUUAUAAAGAAGAAAAAAAAGAAACAUUAACAUUUAUUAACGUUAUACAUACUAUUAUUAUACUACAAAAUUAGGUAGAGGUGUAAUGACAGAAAGACAAUUCAGAAUGAAAUUUUGUGUUCGCAUUUGUUAUUUCGCGUAAUAAUUAUGUACUGUACAAAUAUAAAAACGAUUUGCCUGGUGGAGUGCCAGUGCAGUUCCUUAAAA